AUGCAUUAAAUUGUAGUUAAAGCACUUAUUCGUGAAUUCUUUAUUAAGUCGGAACUCACUGAUACCUUGAAAUCCUUUGACACAGAAUUGAAUUAUAAGACUGCUAUAACCAAGAUGGAUGUAAUUUUGUAACUAGGACUUUCAAAAAUUGUGAGAAGAAAUAAUGAAUAAAAGCAACCUUUAAAAAGUUUAUUAGAAAUCCUGGUCUCCCACCUUCUCAAAAAAAAAGCAUUAUUGGAAGAAUUAACAAUACUAACUAAAGCAGAAAGAAUUGAAGACAUCCCUUAAGAUAUUCCAAUUGAGUCUAAUGUUGGAGCAUCUCGUUAAAAUAGGAUGAAGAAACGUCCUUAAUCAGAGUACAAACCAAAGAAUUUGAAUUUCACAUAAGAAGAUCUAUUGAUUGAAUAAAAAGACGAAAAAAAAGAUGAAAAAAAAGAAGAAAAAAAAGAGGAAAAAUGUUCACCAAAUAAAGGAGCAUUUGAAGUUCCAAGAAAAACUCCACUUAAAUAAGCCAAAUUAUUUAAUUUUUAAGAUCAAAUAGUAGAUGAUCAAUCUAAAUAAGAUAAAAAAGAUAAACCCCAGUUACCACUUUCUCAACCACCUAGAUUAAUCAAUAUGAAAAAACAAUUUGAAAAAAAGGAGGUUUAACCAAUAUCGUAGCUCAAAGAUGAGCAUAUUACUAAUUAAGAAGAUCCAAAUUUCAAAGUACAGUAUCAAAAAUGCAAUAUCAAAUAACAUAAUGUUCAACUUCCACCUUCUAACCUUAAUUAUGAUAAAAGUAUAGGCUUUAAUUAAGGAAAACGAAAACCUUAAUAAAAAACCAUUACAUAACCUAUCAAAAAACUCUUAUUUUAAGGCACUAUGAUUGGAUUACCAAAGAGUUGGUCAUAACCUUUUAUUUUUAAAGAUGAACCUACUUUUUAUGGAUUACAUCAGUUAGAAGGAGGUCCAUGUGGAGUAUUGGCCUCAGUUUAAGCCUACUAUCUUAAACACUUUCUUUUUUCUUAAUCUAUUUAUUCAAAGCCUUCAAUAAAAUAAAACUGUUUACUUGCCGCUUUAGCAGAUAUUCUGUAUAAAUCUAAUAAGGAAAGACUCAUUCUAGCAAUUCCAGCAAGGGAUUCAUCUAUGAAUUAAGCAAUAGGAAUUGAAAGCUGUGAUUAUUUGGAAUAUUAAAUCAAAUCUCUUAGUUAUUUGUAUGAAGUACUAUUGGAACAUACAUCUCUGUUUUUCGGGUAAAAUGGAGUAACUUUGUUCUUCUAUUCUCUUAUUUUAACAAAAGGUGUUGAAUAAAUCAUGUUGGAAAUGGAUUCAGCCACAAAUCCUUUAAUUGGUAAUCAUGGACAUUGCACUCAAGAAGCAGUAAAUCUCAUGUUGACUGGAAAGGCUAUUAGUAAUUGUUUUGACGGGUAAUAAUUAAGUUUAUAGUUUUUAUAGAUGCAAAUAAAUAGAUGAUAUGAAAUUAAAAGGAAUUGAGGAGAGAAGUGAGAUUGGAUUCUUGACUAUAUUUGAACACUUUUAAUAUCUUGAAGUUGGUAAGAACUUGAAGGAACCCCUCCUACCCAUAUGGGUGAUUUGCAAAGAAUAUCAUUAUUCAGUCAUUUUUGGUUGCAAUAAUGAUGUAAUUUAGGACAAACCGUAUUUAAGUAUGAUGUAAUAUAUAUAUUAGAAAACAAUUUAAAGGAAUUUGACCUAGUGUUUUAUGAUGGAUUGAAUAAUUCGGAUGAUUUAAUAAUAAUCACAAUAAGAAGAUUAGGAGCAUAACUAGGAAAAUAGAAAAAGAAGGUUGAGAUACAGGGAGUUCAAUUUGAUUCGAGUGAUAAAAUUACACCCUUAAUCGAAUGCUUACUGAAAACUAAAUACGGAGAAUUAGAAUUAGAUUGGAAUGAUAGUAUGCCAAUAUUAUGA